AUGUCGAAGAAAAAAUCAUCGAAAACGGUGACCUCCGUGAAAAGUAAGAAACAAUACAACGAAAAUGCAUGGCAGGAGCUUUUGGAAUCGCUAUCAAUUAAUGACGAUCAUUGGUGGUGUAUCGUAACUAUGAUGGUAGAGACUAGGAGUGAUCAUGCACGAUGCGUGUCGAUGUUUAACGAAGCUGCAGAAGAGGGGAAACGAAAAGCGAUUUAUACUCUGAGCCAUCAGAAAAUGUUAGCUAAUGUUAGGUCCCUGUCUAGACAGGAUCCAGAUAAAUGUCCAGUUCUACAACGAGUUUGCCAUCAUGCCAACAAGCUGCUCGAAGCUAAUAUUGAAUCUACUUGGUCGUUAGCACGUGUUAUCAAAUAUAUGAUCUAUCGUGCUAAAAUAGAAGCGGUGUUCAGGAUCAAGAAGGAACGAGAAUUAAAACGAGCUAUCGAAGCGGAAUAUUAUAUUAUGCAGACUGUUGUCGACCCAACUACGUCGAAAAAUGUUAAAAAGAAGAACGAUCAGUUCUUGAGAAAUAAAGCUAAUACUCGGCUUAGAAUUCGCGAAGAAGAAUGGAGAGACAUAGUUUACAUCGACGAUGCUCCACUCGACGGACCUAAUCUCUACGUCGUUUUAACGGGCUUUCACGAUCCUGAUCUAUUCGUAGAACUGAUGAACAUCGGCGUACCUAUGACUUGUAUACUCAAGAUAAAAAGACCUGGCGAAACAUUACAACACAUUUCUUCGUUUAACGAAGAAAAAAAUCAACAUACCGAUAGAAUAUGGUUACGUUUUCCUGGAAGUUACGCCGUGGACAAAGUCGAACUUUAUAAAUUCUGGACAUCGUUGAAAAAUACUUUAAAAGAUCCACAAGCCAUUCAAACGUUUUCUAAUAUAGCGUUUCUUACGUUCAAGCCGCCAUUUUUAGCGGAGACACUUGAUGAUCUUGAAUACAAGAUUCUCAAAAAGGAUAUUUUCGAUAAAGUAUCCUUUAUCGUGUACGAUCUUUACGAUCUUCUUCGAAAACAUUCCAAUUACCUUAGAAGCAUGUUAAUCCAGCGUUACGACAUCGAUGAAAAGGAAGAAGCUGAGGCUAACGUCUACCAUGCAAUUCUCGAUGCUCUACCAACGGAAUGCGUCACCGUGCCAACAUUACUUAAUGCUCUUUUACUGCAGGUCGAAGCCAACUUAGAGUUAAUCCUGGUAGAUCGAUCGUUCCAAGAGCAAAAUGUUUCGGCAAAGGAGAACGUCGUUGAAAAGGAGGAGAACGAGGAGGAAGAGAAAGAACAGGAGGAAGUGCCAGUUGAGAGUAUCGACGACGAUGAGGAUUCGUGGGUUCGAGAAAGAGUCAAACUUUUAAAUCAAAAGUACAAGGUCAAAAUGUAUAACAAUAUCGUCGAAGAGAAUUCGAACGAGUUGCCAAUCGAAUUGAUUCUUCGCGGAGACAAAUUGACUUUGAAUACUCGUUGCAUUAAGUUGGAUGAUAAUAUCAAAGCGUUGUUAAAUCUAUCCGAUGACAUGUCCUUGGCUGAUUCAAUUCUCCAAGUUUAUCAAGACUCUAGAAUAAUCGAUUGUUGGGUGCAUUAUAAACAAUUAACAGAAACCAAAAUGAAGGAGUACGAUUGUUAUAUCAAUAAUAUAAUGAAAUACUUCGAUUCCAAUGUUGGAAUUUGUCGACAGGAAAUAUUUCAUUACCUGCACUUUUUGAUCUUCGACAAGAUGAUCUAUGGCAAUGAAUUGAACGAAAAGGAUGAAAAAAUUGAAAGGCUAUCAAUUAUUUCUUCUCUAAAAUCUCCGCGUAGAAUUUUAACGGACCCUUCUUUGCUUUUGCCAAAAGAUGAGAAAGAGGAGUCAAGAUUCUUUUCAAAAAGCGAUACUGAAAUAGACUAUGGGAAGGCCGUGGCUGCGUUCUUGAGUUGUCCAAGUCUCUUUGGGCUCACCGAUAUAAGGGAAGUUUUGUUACCGAGUUAUUUGGAGAAGAAUGUCUUCGAGGGAAGAGAUAGAAGAAUGCAAAGAGUAGGAGAACCACUCGAAGAAUACGACGACGUCGAGUUACUUCCAAAAAGGGUUCUCCUUCAAACCUUUUACAAAUGCUUCCAAAAUUUCGAACGUUUCGAGAAAAGAUAUUUUGAACCAACGGAUUCUAUAUUACUGUAUUUCAGUAAUGAUUAUGUAAAAGGUGACGUAUCCGAACGUUCGACCUUAUCUAGCUUACGCACACCAGUUUGUUUCCGAGAUUUCGUUAAGUACGUAUAUAACGAGGAGAUCGAUUGGAUAAAUCGAGAAGAAGAAAAGGAUCGAUCAGAAUUGAUAAAGAGGACAAGUAAAUCGUCGAUCGGUGAAAUUAGUUCCUCGGAGGACGAACUUCAUUUUUAUUUCGGCGACGAACAUUUUAUUCUUCCGAAUUCUUUGAAAGCUCAGGACAUGAAAAAAAAAUUACAAGUUGACUCGAAAUAUAAAGAUUCUUCGAGACUCGAUACACCUAGGACGGAAGUAAUCGGUGAGAAAAAAAUUCCCAAGGGGGAUGAGAAAAAGAAAGGUGAUAAAACGUUGAGCGAAAAAAUCUCGUUGAAGGACAGAAAACAGAAAACAAAUAGAGAAAUAAAUGAAAUCGACACUUCCUUUCUACCUCAGAGGAAGAUCCUAUCUUUCGAGUCUGCCAAAGAGGAUGAACCUCACGAGUUCAUAGGGUAUGACCUCGGAAACUUGCGAGUUCAGAUAGUUGAGAAGAGUAAGAUCUUCAAUUCGGAGGAUGGUACAUUCGUACAAGUGAAUCUCGAGACGUGGCUUUACGAGAAGGUGGAUUUACGUAUUACCAUUACCCUUGCUGGUUGUACUCUACGUUUGUUCGAAAAACUCAACGAUCAUACAACUCCGGACGAGUAUUGGAAGGAAUUGAAAUUUGAUUUUCACGCCUCUUGGCCAUCAGGUUUGACGAUUUCACCAGUUACCGGGGAUGGUCCUGAAAAUCCUUUUUACAUUACUCAGUCAUACAUUUCCAAAGCACCCGAAGACGUUGCUCGAGAAGCUUAUAGAAAAUUUUUGAGGAAUGGUACGGUGUUGAAAUUUCUCAACGACAAUACCGUCAUUGUAUUGCGUCCGAAUGGUGCAGUCAUUGAAUGCACAUUGUUCGAGGAUAUCACAACGGACGAAAAAAAUCUCGAGGAAGAAUUGGCUCUUCGAAAGCAUUUUCCUAAAAAGCGAGAAAUAGAUCGAGAUGAACGAGAUCCAUAUGAAAAUCACAUUUUUCAAUAUUUUCAUGCGGCUGAUCGUUAUUGGAAUUUUUGGAAAUCAGAAUCAGGUGGACGUUCGAAUGGGAAUGCAGUAUGCGAGGAUCAAAGUGACAGGAUACAAUGUUCUGGAUCACGAUGGUAG